GCUAUUUUUAGAAGUCAACAGAGAUGGCUGAUGAUGAAGUGUAUGACAAUAUAGAAUUAAAUGAUAGGAAAUCAAAAGGGAAGGCUAGUAAAAGAAAAAAUAAUGAAGACUGUGGCCCAAGUAAAAAAAGAACCAAAGACAGAAAGACGGAGGAUAAUAGUGAUGAUGAUGACUUUAAUCUAACUCAACAAGCAGAUUUUGAUGUUCAGACAAGAGAAGCUGACAUAGGAAUUAUAGAACGGAUCUCUAUGAAAAAUUUUAUGUGCCAUAGCAGACUUGAUGUUCGGUUAGGACCUCAUGUAAACUUUGUAGUAGGCAGAAAUGGAAGUGGCAAAAGUGCAAUAGUAACAGCUUUAGUGGUAGGAUUGGGUGGAAAAGCUUCAGUAACCAGUAGAGGAACAACAAUCAAAAGUUUCAUCAAAAAUGGAAAACAAACUGCUGAAUUAGAGAUUCAUCUACGCAACAGGGGAGCCGAUGCAUAUAAGCCUACUGAAUAUGGCAAUACAAUUAUUGUUGAGAGAAAAUUUACAAAAGAUGGAGGAAGUGGUUAUAAAAUUAAGUCCAAAGAUGGUAAAAUUAUAUCAUCCAAAAGAGAAGAUUUGAAUUGUAUAUUGGACCAAUUUAACAUACAAGUAGAUAAUCCGGUGUCCAUUUUAAAUCAGGAUACAAGUCGUCACUUCCUCAAUUCAAAGAGUCCUCAUGAUAAGUAUAAGUUUUUCCUAAAGGCCACACAGCUAGAACAAAUGAAGGCUGAUUAUCAGACAGCUGACCAACAUCGAGAGGUCACUAAAGAGGUCAUUGAAAAAAAGGAACAGAUGCUUCCUAAAUUAGAGAAAGAAGUUUUAGAAUGGGAGCAGAAGUUCAAGUCUCUGACCGCAAUAGAUGAUUUAAAGAGGAAAAUUGAUAGAUUGAAAGAAGAUAUGGCUUGGGCUUUUGUUAUUGAAAAAGAGAAGGGAUUGCAACCUUUGGUUAGAGAGCAUGAUUCAGAAAAAGCUAGAAUGCCCAGAUUUGAACAGAAAGUUGAGGAAGCAAAGGAAAAUGUGAACAAAUAUGUUAACCAACAGAAGUGCAUUCAGGAGCAGUUAAAGGCAGCUAGUGAAGAUGUUUCACUGCUCCGACCCAAAUAUGAAGAAUUAAAAGAAGUUCUUGGGCAAAAGAAAAAGUUUGCACGAAAUUCUUUGGAUGAUUUUAAAAGAGUAGAAAAUACAUUGAAGAAGAAUUUGAGGGAAAAAUGUGCUUUGGAGGCUAGGAUCAAAGAAUUACAGAAAAGUGCCCAGCAUGAUUAUGAAGCUGAGAGGAGAGGUAGAGAAGAAAAAAUUGAAAAGCUAAUGGAACAAAUCAAAGGAUUGCAAGCUCAACAGCACACAACAGAACAUCAGAAUGAACAAUUCAGAAGUGCUGUCACUAAGUACAAAGCUGAUAUGUAUGAAAUCAACCAAGAAUUUCAAGCUUUGAAAUCCAAUGAAGCUAGAAAAUCCAAGACCUUACAAAGUUUACAUGCUGCAAAAAAUGAUAAAUACAAAAGAUUUGGUGCCUAUGUACCAGCAGUACUGAAGAGUAUAGACGAACAUUGUAGAAAGGGAGCAUUUCAUCAGCGACCUAGAGGACCAAUAGGAGCUUGCUUUCACCUUAAAGAUCAGAAGUGGGCAUUACCUGUUGAACGUUGCCUUGGCAAUUUAAUAAGUUCAUUUUGUUGCAAUGAUCACCACGAUCAGAAACUUUUAGAUAGUAUUUUGGACCGACAUUGUGGCGACAGAUCUCGUCCUUCUAUUAUAACUAGCAAAUUUAAGGAUAAAGUGUAUGAUACAUCAAGACUGAGAGUACAGAGCGAUGAAUUCCCUGCUGUGAUAGAUGUUUUAGACGUAGAAGAUCCAGUUAUUGCUAAUUGUCUUAUAGAUCAGAGAAGCAUAGAGCUUAUUUUGUUGAUUGCUGAUAGAAAAAGAGCCACUCAAGUUAUGGACCCUGAAUUAAGACCAGGUCCUCCCAAAAAUUGUAGAGAGGCGUUUACUCUGAGUGGUGAUCAGUUAUACUGCUUUCCAUCACUUCGUCAUUACUCUUGUAACUACGACAGAGCUAAAUUUCUGACAGCCAAUGUUGAGGAAGAUAUUCAGAAAAUGGAGGAAGAAUUAAAUGGGAUAAGAUCUGAUUUAGAAAAGAAUAGACAAAAACAAAGAAAUCUGAAUAUAGAAAUAAGUAAAAAUGAGAAUGAAGGCAAGAAAACAGAUACUCAGUUGAUGAAAAUUCAUCAGAAAAUAAGGAAGUUCAAUACAGACGUUGAUGAUUUAAAGAGUAUAGAAGAUCCAGCACCAGUUGAUGUCACCACAUUGGAAGAGGAAGUAGAAAAUUUAAAAGAAUCAAUUCAAGCACAUGAAGAUCAAAAAUCAGAAAAACAGGGAAUAUAUGACGAUGCACAAAUAGAUGUAGAAGAGGCGGAUGCAAAUUUCAAAGUUAUUGAGAAAGAAAUGAGAAGUAAAGCUGAAGGAGGUGAACCCCUAAGAGACGAUCUAGGAAAAGUACAGGCAGAAAUAGAACAGGCAAAAAGUCAUAAAAAACAUUAUGAAAUGAAAUACAAGGAGCAAGAAAAGAAGAUUGCUGAUUUGAAGAAGAAAAUAGAUACAUAUAAGGCAGAAAUACAGACUGACAUAGAGAAAGCAUGUAUUGUUUGUCCAGAGAGAAGGAACACUCGUAGAAGUGUAACCAAUUUAGAAAGUGAAAUUAAUCAGAUUAAUAAAAGAAUUAAGACAGAAGAGAAAAGCCGUGGCAACCCUGAAGAAAUAACUAGGAGGUACAACGAAACUAAGGAGUCCUACCAAAAAAUACGCAGAGAAGUGAGACAAUGCAGAACAUUUAUUGAGUUUCUUCAUGAAAGUCUAGAAAUGAGAAAAAUCCGAUACAGCUUCAUUAGACAUUCACGAUGUUGGAGGUCAAAAAUGACAUUUAUUCAAGUUUUGGCCUCCCGGAAUUACACAGGGAGAAUGAUUGUAAAUCAUGCAACUUUAGAGAUACAGUUAAAUAGAUUAGAAAAAGUCAUGAUACAAAGACAACAACAGUAUUAUGAAUUUCGUCGCUUCAUCGCCAUGAGAGCAAAAUACUUCUUUAUAGUUCUACUCAGUAAUAGACAAUAUACUGGGAAAAUGAUGUUUAGCCAUCCCAAGGAAACCCUUGAAAUGUCUGUUCAACCUCCAACUGCUGAAGGUGAAAUAAACAGAGAUAUGAGGUCAUUGUCAGGUGGAGAAAGGUCAUUUGCCACCGUGUGCUUCAUUUUAGCACUAUGGGAUGCUAUGGAGUCGCCCUUUAGAUGUCUGGAUGAAUUUGAUGUGUUUAUGGACAUGAUCAAUCGUAGGAUAUCUAUGGAUAUGAUGAUGCAUGUGGCUCAGUCCCAGAAGCAUAAACAGUUCAUUUUCCUGACACCACAAAACAUGAGUCAACUUGGGAUUUCUAUUCCUGACCUACACAUCUUUCGAAUGCCAGAUCCAGACCGAGGACAGGGAACAUUGCCAUUUGAAACUGUUAACAGACAGCAAGAGGAUGAAGAUGAGGAUUAAUAUCUCUACGAAAAUAUCAUACUGCCGUCCACAAUUGUAUUAUUGGUUUUCCAGAACCAUACUAUAUUUAAUAUUUUGUGGAACCUAUUAUUCCUUGAGAAAAACUUUCAUUUUUAUGUCUCAUUUGAAUUCUCUCCUUUUUAGUAAAUCGUUUGAAAUUUUGAGUAUAACAUUGAAAAGAAAACUUUUAGUCUUGUUGUUUUACUCCUGCAGUCAGAUUGUUUUUAAAUUCUGAAUUAAUAUACAGAUUUGUAUGACAGUGAUGGGAACCAACAAUAAACGCUAAAUUUUAUUGAACAUGAUGUGCAGUGCCGAUGGUGAUCUCGAUCACACUGGAAAAUUGUCAUUUGAAUUGGAAGAGAUUGGAUAAAAGCAGCUGCUAUAAGAUAUUAAUAUGGAAAAAGUUUUUCAAUAAAACUACCCUCUACUCAAUAUAAACGUUUCAUCAACCAUAUCAUUUUAUUUUAAUUGAGUGAUAUAAUAGAGAAGUAUGUCAUCUGUUACCAACUUAUUUUGUUCAUUGAAACACAUCAGUCUGAUACAUGUAUUUAAACUUGAUUUUGAAAUCAAUUGUUUCUUAAGCAUUAAUCCAUGAUCCAUGAACUAUGUAAAGGCUAACGGAGUAAAAAUAUGAAGUUGUAUCAGUUUGUAGUAUAUAUCAUAAUCAAGUUAUAAUGCCAUCUUGAUGGUAGGGUUGUUAUACGACCGCAAAAAAAUUUUGCGAUAGUAUAUUGGUAUGAUGUCGGCGGCGUCGUCGUCGUCAGGCCGAAGACACAUUGGUUUUCGCACUCUAACUUUAGUUUAAGUGAAUGGAUCUCUAUGAAAUUUUACCAUAAGGUUCAAUACCACAAAAGGAAGGUUGGGAUUGAUUUUGGGGGUUAUGGUACCAACAGUUAAGGAAUAAGGGGCCAAAAAUAAGCAUUUUUGUUACUUCCAGACAUAACUUGUGUGUUAGUGUAUGGAUCUCUCUGACAUUGUACCACAAGGUUCCAUAUCACAAAGGGAAUGCUGGGAUUGAUUUUGGAGGUAAUUGCCUCAAAAUUUUAGGAAUAAGGGGGCCAAAAAAGGGGCAAAAAACAAGCAUUUUUAUAUGGACAAAUACUUUAGUACAAAACAUAAUUUAAAGCAGUGUAAGGGAGAUAAAUCAAAUACAUAAUUUGAAUUACCUCCCUUACACUGCUUUUAAAUUAUGUUUAAAGAAAUGCAUAUUUAUUAAGAAAGACCAGUAAAAAUAUCUGCAAAUGUUGCAUCUUUUUUUUUACAAAAAAAUCCAUAUGAAAGAUUUGACACCAUAUUUUAAAUUCUAUUAUAAAAUAGAUUAAGUUAGCACUAUGGUAAAUUUAAAUGGGUAAUUAUGGUUGCAAAUUCCAUUGGAAAUUUGAAUUGAGAUUAUGACCAUAUCUUGAGGGAAAGAAUUUUU